CUGCAUUGUUAUUAAUCCUGCAUUUUCCCGCUAUAUUCCAAGGCGAUCCGUUGAUCUGGAAUCCGUCCUUUCCAGGCCCGAUCUGCGGUCCGGAACUAAACCGAAUAAUAAUCGCCAGCGAGACUGUGAUUGCUGUUGUUUCUGAUUUGAUUCCAGUCAGGCUUAACGUCCAGAAAUGCUGCGUGUUCCUGCCAUCCCGUCGCCUUCUUCGCCUUCUUCCUCCCUCGCCCCCUCCUUGCCUCCUUUCUAAGGCGCCCUGCCCUUUCCACUCGUUAGACAUCCUCGUGUUAAUCUGUCAACUUUAUUCUCUGCCCUGUGCCGAACGGUCUUGCCCGUCUCCAUCGCGUCUGGCCCGUGCUGCUGGUGACUACCUGUUUGGCUGACAGCCUCGCUCUUGGCAAGCAAGAAAGCAGGAUCUCAUCUCCAGACAGCCUCCAGGGUCUCAUCUCAACGUCCAUCCGCGUCCGUUCGUUCUCAUCUGCUUCUUUCUCUUCUCUUUAUCAUCCUCAGUCUCUUUCUUAUCGUCAGCCUCUUCGCGAGAUAAGCACGACGGUCGAUUCGACUUCCGUCGAUCCGCCCCGAAUCUCCGUGCCCACCGUCGUACAGCAAGUGUUAUCGCCAUCUGGCAGAUUGUGCAUGACUGGCUCAACUUUGGCUCUUUUCCCCGGCAGCGUGGGUAGAUUCCGCCACCCUUGCGCAACAUGGUGAUGUCACGACUGUUCCUGCACUCUCGGUUGUGGGCUUUGUGGGUGUUGUUCAUACCGUAUACCUCCGCGUUCUACAUACCUGGUUACUCAUUCAAAAGCUAUCGCGACGAUGAGCCGAUUCCCCUUCUCGUGAACAAGAUCUUCUCCGACUUCACGCAGCUCCAGUAUGCCUAUUUCGAUCUCCCCUUCGUCUGUCCCCCAAGUGGGAGGGUACAUGCCGGCUCUCCCUUUGGCUCUGGCCAGAGUAUUUCUCUCAAUCUGGGCGAAGUUCUGCGGGGUGACCGUAUCAAGACCUCUGAUUUCGAGUUAUUCAUGGGCAAAGAUGUGGAAUGCCAGCCGCUUUGCUCUAGGGAAGUCAAACGCAGCGACGUCAAAUGGGCUCGUGAGUUAGUGAAGGAUGGCUAUGUUGCAGAAUGGAUUGUGGACAAUUUACCCGGCGCAACGAGCUUUGUGACUGUUGACCGGACUCGCAAAUACUAUGCAACUGGAUUCAAGCUGGGAUAUCAGGAUAUCUCUACGACGCCCGACGGGAAGCCACGCUUCUUCAUCAACAAUCAUUUCACCCUUGUAAUCCGCUGGCGGAAGGCUCCUGGGAAGGCUGGUGAGGAGGGUGGUAAGGUAAUUGUUGGUUUCGAGGUUUAUCCGAAGAGUAUCACCGCCGACGGUCGUCAAGAGGGCGAUUGUCCCAAGCAGGUGCAUGAGGACCAUGACCCGUUAGAGUUGUACAUUCCGCCCGAUACGUCAAAGCUGAAGCAGUACGCUGGUCUUUCAUAUACUCCGGAACCCGACGACAAGGUAGACGAUGGUGCUACCUUGAAAAUUCCUUAUACCUACUCCGUCUACUUCAGAGAAGAGGAUAAUAUUGAGUGGUCAAACCGAUGGGAUCUUUAUUUCAAUAACCAUGAAGAUGGCUCUAUGACGCACUGGCUGGCGAUUCUCAAUUCUCUGACCAUCUCUGGCGUUCUUGGCGUGACGGUAAUAGUCAUCUGGAGUAGGACGGUACAGGGAGAUAUCAAGGGACGUGGAGACUCAGUUAUGGAGCACGGGCAGUCUAGAUCGCAGAAGGGCUUAGGACUCUUGGAGCAAGGAUCAGACGUCGAACGACAUGCAGACCUAGUUGCAGAUGAUGUUGCAGAAGAUGUGAGUGGAUGGAAGCUCCUGCAUGGCGAUAUCUUCCGGAUUCCUGCCCGCAGCGAUCUCCUUGCACCACUUGUCGGUUCAGGCAUGCAGCUCCUGUUUAUGGCAUCUGGACUCCUGGUUCUCGGUUCCUUGGGAGUCUUAAAUCCCAGUUUCCGCGGCGGAUUCGUCAGUGUUGGGGUGGGUCUUUUUGUGUUCGCUGGGCUCUUUUCAGGCUACUUCUCUACCAGAUUAUUCAAGACAUUCGGAGGAGUUAGAUGGAGAAGAAAUGUCGUUAUCACGGCUCUGCUAUUCCCCGGGUUGACCUUUUGCCUUAUAUUCAUUCUAAACCUAUUUGUCUGGUCUCAAGCUUCCAGCACAGCAAUCCCCUUUAGUACCUUGGUCGGCUUAGUUGCACUUUGGUUGCUGAUUCAGGUCCCGCUGGUUUAUGCCGGAGGUUGGUACGGCUAUGUUCGAGCGACACCAUGGGAACAUCCAACCAAGACGGAUGCUAUUCCCCGUCAGAUUCCCCCUCAACCAUGGUACCUUCGGGGAAUCCGCGGGCCUCUGCUAGCCGGAUUGAUACCUUUUGCAGUUCUGUUCAUUGAGCUCCUCUUCCUGUUCAAGAAUCUCUGGCAAGAUAAGAGCGGAUAUUAUUAUGUGUUCGGUUUCCUGACUGUUGUCUGUGCAAUCCUAAUUGUGACGGUCAGCGAGGUGACUAUCAUCGCAACGUACAGCCAGCUAUGCGCAGAGGUAAGUGGAUGAUGGGUUUUCUUGUUUAGCUGACGCUUAACAUCAUGCUAACGUAUAUCUAGAAUUAUCAUUGGUGGUGGCAGAGCUUCAUAACUGGUGGCAGCAGCGCAUUCUGGAUCUUCACAUACAGCAUCUGGUACUACUUCUUCAAGCUGCACGUUACCGGAUUCGUUUCAAGCCUCUUUUUCUUCUGCUACAGCUUCCUUGCGUGCGCAGUCUACGGGUUGUUGACAGGAACUGUCGGCUUCUUAGCAUCAUAUACUUUCGUCAGACGUAUCUAUAAGUAAGUGACGGUCUGCCUGACUAUUACCAGCUUAAGAUAAGACUGCUAACUGUUGAACUCCCGGUCAGCUCUAUUAAAGUUGAUUGACAAGUUUGAAUCCGUGUCAAUGGCCUAUAGAAAAGCUCAAUGCGAAUGAUCUAAAACAAAUGGGAAAAAGACAAUCAAAGAGCCUAACAAACUACUUGCCGAUCAUGUGCUUCAGUCGGUAUCCUGACUUUUACUCUUGGAUAUCUCUUUUAAUGAUCAAUCAGCUUCUCUCAUGUUUUUGGGUCGGAGCUGUGCACAGCUUUUCCCAAAAGAAGCCUGCCUUGGGUAAUUUGCGAUGUGGCAUUUGAGCACAAGUCAAUUAGUUGACUUGAUUAUUGAAGAUAUACCUUUUGCUCUCCCACUGGAGCUCUAUAUACUUUUUUAUAUUACCUUUUGAUAUCUGGGCAGAAAAAUGCUGACUCUCCUUGACACUGUGCUGUCUUCACAUUCACUAGACUACAUCUCCUUUUUUCCCCUCCCCUUGUCUGAGUCUUCUCUUCUGGAAACCGGCUGUCUAGGCCAUUGUGAGAGAGUUGGGUAGCUUUCUGGGGGUUACGUAUAUAGGUCUUCAUCCUUGAUUAUUGUAUGAUGCACAUCUGUCUAUAUUAUUCUCUUUUUCUCGGUUAGUAACAUCCUGUCAGCGAUUAUCCAUGCGUGUAAAUACAAGUCAAUGGCAUAUGCAUCCCCAUAUAAGCCUCCACUAACAAAGAACGAAAGGUGGUUUAAAUGAAGCUAGCGGGAAAAAGCUUUUCGGAGACCAUUCAGUCCCACCCGCUGUUGACUUGAGUUACAUCCUACAGCAUGCCAGGGUGUCAUAACAUCUUUUUAGGUCAAUACCUGAUGCCCCUUUUUUAAGGUAUAUAGUACCUUGAGGGGCUGCUUUGCAUGUGAGAGAAGCUUAACAUAGUACUUUUAUCAUUUCUUUAUGUCUACAUUGCAGUAAGUAAGUCAAUU